AAUCAUCAUAUAAAUAUAUGAAUCAGAGCGGCAAAUUGUUCCUAAUUAUCCGAACUAAAACUUUAUACAUUAUUCAAAUACGAUCUCUGGGUUCAAUACCUGUGGAUUGUGCAUCAUCGGCUCUGAUUUUGAUUUUGGUAACUUUUUGUUGUUGUUGUUGUUGUUCUAGUGAUGGGAUGAAGACUAAGAAGGGAGGGGAUUCGUGGGUUGAGUUCAUUUCUUGGGAGCCUAGAGCUUUCAUUUGUCACAAUUUCUUGACAGUCGGAGAAAGAAUGCUUGCAAUUGAUUAAUCUUGCAAAGCCUCGUAUGGGGAAAUCACUCGUGUUUGAUAGCAAAACUCGCAAGGGUGUAAAGAGCAGCUCUCGCACUAGUUCAGGGAUGUUUCUGGAUAGAGGGCAGAACAAACUCGUCCGUACAAUAGAGAAACGAAUAGCAGAUUUUACGUUCAUUCCUGUAGAGAAUGGAGAAGGAAUGAGUAUUCUGCAUUAUGAAGUUGGGCAGAAGUUUGAUGCUCACCAUGAUUACUUUGUUGAUGAGUUCAGCAUCAAAAAAGGGGGCCAAAGAAUGGCCACCCUCCUCAUAUAUCUAUCGGAUGUCGAAGAAGGCGGCGAGACGGUGUUCCCGGCUGCGAAGCAAUGCGUUAGCUCUGCACGAUGGUGGAAGAAACUGUCUGAAUCUGGUAAUGGUGGACUCUCUGUAAAACCAAAAAUGGGAGAUGCAUUAUUGUUCUGGAGCAUGAAGCCUGAUGGUACCUUGGAUAGUACAAGUUUGCAUGGUUCUUCCCCUGUCAUAAAAGGGGAGAAAUGGGCAUGUGCAAAGUUGAUGCGUGUUAAAGAAUACAAAAGUGGAUAAUAGAAGUACAUCUAUUAGUGAAGAAGAGGAUGAGAAGAAGCUUAUCUUCUUAGUUUAGGGAUUUGAGUUUUAUGAUAGUUGAUUAGUUCAUGUAAUAAAUGGUAGCUCAUUCAUUACAUAUUUAGUUAGUUGUAUAGUUGUUUCUUCAUUUGUAAAUGAGAAAUUUAUCAUUAUUAAAA